UAAGUUACAUAAUGUCAAGUGAAAGGAUGCAGUGGACAGCACCACAAACAUGCUGCAUGUUUGAAAUAAUGAAUCAAAUGAACGUUUCAUCUUUGCUGGAAGGAAAAAGUGUUUCAACAGCGAAAGAAUAUAAUGAGAUAAGAGAAAGAUUGGAAGAAAUGGGUGUUCGUAAAACAGCUGAACAAAUCCGAACUCGAUUCAAAACACUGAAGAAACAGUAUUUAAAAGUGAGAGAAAUAAAUAAAAUAAAGGGGAAAAAGGCAAAAACUUGCAGAUAUUUUUCUGAACUUGAGGAACUUUAUCGUAAACAUGAAACUGCUCAAGUGAUGGUUGGAGGGCUAGAAGAUCAACCACAUUCAUCAGGUUUACAAAUGAAUCGAUCAUCCUUGCCUGAUAUUCUUACUCCAAAAGCACAAGAAAAUAUUCUCAACAAUGAUAACAUGGUUGUGGAAGAAAGAGAUGACCAUUACAUGAUCUUCCCUAAUAAACAACCUGCAACACAACAACGACAAACAUAUGUUAGUAUGCUACAACAACCAGAUGAUGCCAAUAUACCAUCAACUUCUAAUCAAGUGGUACAAGAAGACAAUCACUACAUGAACUGUCAACAACCACAAGUUAACAUGCAACAACAACCACAAGUUAACAUGCAACAACAACCACAAGUUAACAUGCAACAACAACCACAAGUUAACAUGCAACAACAACCACAAGUUAACAUGCAACAACAACCACAAGUUAACAUGCAACAACAACCACAAGUUAACAUGCAACAACAAACAUAUGUUAGUAUGCUACAAGAACCAGAUGAUGCCAAUAUACCAUCAACAUCUAAUCAAGAUAUACAAGAAGAGAAACAAUACAUGAAUAUUUCAGCACACGCUGCAUUCAUGCAACCACAAGGUACCAUCAUACAAUUAGCAUCACAAGAUGUGAUGCCUUCUCAUGAUGAUCACGUGAUGCCUUCUCAUGAUAAUAACGUGAUGCCUUCUUAUGAUAAUCACGUGAUGCCUUCUCAUGGUAAUCAUGUGAUGCCUUCUCAUGGUAAUCACAUGAUGCAUUCUCAUGAUAAUCAUGUGAUAAGAUACAGAACAAAUAAUGGAAGUGUUGGUAAAUAUUUAAACAGAUCACGAGUUAACGGAGUGAAUUGUGAUGUCACAUUCAAAUUAAAAGAUGGGGAAGUCUUUGCUCAUAAAGGUUUGCUUGCUGAACAUUCUGCUACUUUUAAAGGAAAGUUUAAACAUGAGGAAGGAAAUCAUGAAGUUGUUGAAGUUAAUGGAAUAAAAUCUUCAAUAUUGGAUUUGUUGUUCACUUUCAUUUACUUACAAGUGAUCGAUAUAAGCGAUAAAACUGUUUGCCAACUUUAUGAGGCUUCAGAUUACUUGCAGUUUAAUGAUGUAAAAAAACAUUGUGUUAGCUUCUUCAAUGAUGCACUUGCUGUUGGGAACUGUUUAAGUUUCAGUUCCUUUGCACAAAGAUACCAGCUUCUGGAGUUGGUGGAAAAAUGUGACAAAUUCAUCGUUGACAAUUUAGAGUUGGUUUCCAAAGAAUUGAAUUUCCGGGAUUUAAAUGAAGUUAAAACUUUUAUUGAGAUAAAGAAUCAACAGGAUUCUUGCCAAGAUUCGAUUUUCAGGACUAUCUUGAAUUGGAUCAAACACGACUUUAAACAACGACAACAAUUCAUUGAACGAUUGUUUCAACUGAUUGAUGUCAAGAAACUAUCAACUGCAUUCCUUGAAGAGGUUGUUGAAAAAACUGAGAGAUGGUUAAAAAGAUCAGACUUUUAUUUUGAUAUUCUCAACCCAGAAUAUAUUACUCGUCUCAAAAUUCAAAUUCCGAACACAGUGGCUGCGGUUACGAAAGCUACAUGCAUGAUCAUAAGUGGUGAUGAAUGUGAACACUUGGUUAACGUUUAUGAUGUUAAUGAGAAAAGUUUCAAGAUAUGCAAGCCAACCUUGUAUGAAAGGGUUGGUUCAACCAGUGUGAAGAUAAACAACCAUGUUUAUACGGCUGGUGGUGUUGAUUCCAACAUUGUCGAAUGUUUGAAUUUAAACCAAGUUGAUGGUGAUUGGUACAAGGUGGCAUCUAUGAAGGAACAACGAUGGCGUGCAGCAUCUGCUGUGUUGAAUGAUCAAAUGUGUGUAACAGGAGGAAUGGAUGGUGGUGAUAAUAUAUUAUCAUCAGUUGAAUUAUACAAUCCAGUGGUCAAUACAUGGACAAUCAUUCCUUCAAUGAAAACUAAACGAUGGCAACAUGCUCUUGUUUCUUAUAAUGGUCGCUUGUACUCGUUUGGUGGAGAGAAUGAUCCUUUUAGUUCAAAUGAUUUAAAUUCAAUGGAAAGUUUUGAUCCAAGAGAAGGGAAAUGGGAAUCACUAAAACCAAUGAAUAACAAAAGACAUGGACUAUGUGGUGUUGUUUACAAUGAUGAGAUUUACGCCAUUGGUGGUCGUGGAUUAAAAAGCUGCGAGCGGUAUAACAUACGAACCAACACUUGGACCAAAGUUAGCAGCUUGAACCACGUGCGAUAUUGUUCUUGUGCUUGUGUUGUGAAUGGGAAGAUAUACGUCAUUGGAGGUUGUUGGGAUGAUGAUGCAUCAAAAUCCAUUGAGGCUUAUGAUGCAACAAUCAAUGAAUGGAAGAUUGAAACCAACACGGAGACACCAAGAUAUCAUGCAUCAGUUGUAGCUUUGUAAACAAUGAAAAUCUUCAACAAAACUGUUUGUGUAUUUCAUGAUUUGUUUUGAUAAAUAUUCCAUCAAUAGUUUUGUAAACAACAUGAGCCACUGUUCUGUUAUAAUGACUUUUUGUCACUACUAAUUUAUGAAUAUUAAAGUUAAAUAUCCAGUCCUUGUCAUAUUGUAUAUUUUUUUUAUCAUUUCAAAGUCAACAAUUUAUAAAUUUUCACUCGUUUAUGUUGUAAUAGUUUUAUUAUUUAACCAAUUAAUCAAAACAUGUUAAAAUCCUAUAAUUUAUGAUAAAUAUUAAUUAAAAAUAGAGUUUCCCAGCAUCUUUUGUUUUGUGUAAAAUUUUGUCUGUUGCCUUUUUCUGCAUGAGCGUCAAUGCUACUAUGCAUGUGCAGAAACUUAGGCCAAACAUUGUGCGACACCCAUGAAGUUUGGUCGUAAAUACAAAAUGUUCUUUCUCAUCUUUUGUACUGAAUGGCUGUGUUUAUAUUUUAUACGGCAAGUUGAUGCCAACUUCUUAACUGUUUAUGAUCAAGUCGAUCGUUUUAUAUUAAAACAAAAUAAUAC